UGAUUAUUUAGUUGUGUAUAAAAAGCGUUACUCCUGCUGAAAGAAGAGCAAAGUUUUAUGACAAAAAGAACAGUCCAAUGGCAGGAGGUUCCUACUUCGUUUGGAUUCUUCUCCUUCUAACCUGCGUCUUUUAUACUUUGGACAGCAGUCAUGUUCAUCAGGAUCUCAGGACUUUAGCCAGUCAGAGAGGAGAUUCAGAUGUGGCCCAUCUCCCUUCACAACGCCCAUCAAGUCAAGCUUGCACUGACCAGUUCACGUCGCUGAACAGGCAGCUUCAGCAGACAUCUCUCCAAAAAAGCCAGUUAGGUGAAGAAGCCUUUGUGUUGCGGGGGGAGGUCAGACAGCUGAAACUGCAACUUGCCACAUGCAGUGCGACUGCCUCAGCUAUUACCAACUCGUAUCAAACACAACUGCAGUCAAAAUUGAAACAGCAGCUUGAGAUAUUUGACAAUGAUGCAUUUCUAAUUCUGAAAGUCAUGGCGCUCACCAGUGAGGUUAAUGCUUUACAGAAGAAGGUCACACUUGCUGCAAAUUCUACUGAAAUCAGUGAGCUGCAGAGAGAGUUGGAAGAGAAGAGCGCUGAACUGAACGUUAAGAAACAGCAAAUAGAAGAAAACAUCACAAACUCAACUCUCAUUCUUCAGAUAAUCUCACUGCAAAAUCAGAUCUGGGAUUUACAAGAGACACAGUCAAGACGAGCAGAAACUGGCCUUCCGUCUGACAAGAGAAUUCUGGCUCUACAAGAGCAACUGGACAGGAAGAUCAGUGAGCUGCGAGGCUCAGCAGAUGUCAUCUCAGCCAUGCUGGAGCUGAUUUCUGUGCGCCAUAAGAUUAGAGUGUUACAGAGGAGGAUCAGUGUCCACAUUGAGGAAUCCAGAACGAAUGUUGCCGAUGUCCAGAGGCAAAUAAGGCAAAUGGCUUUGCUCCUUAAAAAGAAGAUUUUGCAGUUAAGUCGUGAUGAGAAUAACAAAGAACUUACCAGAGAAAUUCUGAUGCUGCAGGACGAGUUGGAACGUCUGGAACAGCUGAUGAUGAACGCCACAAAGAUAAGCAAUUCCCAACUUAGAGAGAUGAGAAUUAUUUUGGAGGAAGAAAAGAAACGACAAAUAAUUUUACAGAAACAACUGGAGGAAGAAGAUUAUGCCCAGGCACAGCUCUUCAUGAACAUCAUCAGUAUAAUGGAAGAUGUGAGAGAGCAGCAGCAGACAGCAUCAACUGGUCAAACCAAAUCUCUUUGGGGUCUGCUUCAAGCCAAAGAAAAGGACUAUGCCAAAGCUCAGACUGAAAUAACAGAUCUGCAGAAGAAACUGCAACUGAAAAGUGAGGAGUGUUCUGGAUCUAAGGACAAAUAUGAGCAGGUAAAAACUGAAUAUGAGCAGAAGAUUGCUGAAUUGAACAGAACUGGAGACUCCACAGCAGCACUCAUUCUGGAUGUGGUAAAGCUGCAUGAUGAGGUGAAGGUUUUGAGGGAAGAGAUCUCCAACUCAGAAGACAAAGACGUGAUCUCAGAGCUCCAAAGGCAACUGGAGAAGAAGCAAAAAGAUCUGGACUCCAAGACUGCAGACAUAGAGAGACUGACUGCCAAUCCAAGAAUGGUUUUAACAAUCAUUGAGCUGCAAGAUGAGAUCUGGGACCUUCAGAGGAAAGAUGUCAAUGGGACCACAAGUGGUGAUGUAAAAAAGUUGCAAGACAGACUUGCUGGGCUUCUGGGUGAAAUAGAUGAUGAAGAUGGCAGCAACACAAAACUGAUGCUGAGAAUCAUGACCCUGCAGAAUCAGGUGAAAUAUCUGGAGAGACUGUUGUCAAACCUCCAGAUGGCACAAAAUAAAGUAACCCAGCUCACAAACAACCUUGACAUCAACAAGAAACUGCUGGAGAAAUAUGUCAGUGAGCUGAAAGAGAAGAACCAGACAGCUGCCAAACUGAUUUUGAGCAUUGCUGAUCUGCACACCCAACUCAGAAACCUAGAAAGAGAUAAACAAACUGAGGGCCAAACCACUUCUACUACAAUUUCGAACUUGAGGGAACAAGUAAAGAUCAAAGAGGAGGAGCACACUCGUGACCAGGAUGUGAUCAGAGCUCUGCAGAACAAACUGAACCAGACGGAGGAACAGUGUUCUGAUUCUGAGCAGAAAAUUAAGGAUCUGCAGAACAAUCUGGAUGCCAAAAUGAAGGAGCUGCAGUCCAAAUCUGACACAGUUACUUCACUUGCUCUUCAAAUUUCCACAUUAACUCUGGAACUGGAGGAACUAAAGAGAAAACUACAAAACACUGAAUCCAAAUCCAAGGUUGAAGAGCUCCAAAAGAUUAUAGAUGAAAAAACUAAAGAACUGGACCAAAAAACACAAGAGCUGAGGAAACGAAGUUCUCAACCACAAAGACUUUUAGAGAUUAUUUCAACACAAACAGAGAUUGAGAAGCUGGUUAAUGUGGCAGCAAAUGACACAGACUACAAUAAGAUAAGAGCACACCAAGACCAUCUCAAUUAUCUGAUUAGUGGAAUUCAAGAUGAAGACAAUGAAAAUACUAAACUGAUGUUUAAAUUCUUGGCACAGCAAGAUGAAAUAGCCAGACUCAAGAAGCAAGAAGAAAGUCAGAUACGGGCACAAGCAGACAAGAUUAAAGAUCUGGAGGAUGAGCUGGAGGACAUCAGAAAUCAAAUUAAAGAAAAGACACGCAUGCUGAAUUCAAGUGAUACGAGGAUUUCUCAUCAGUCGGCUCAGAUUAUGGAGCUUCACAGGAAAAUCAAACCUCUGGAGGAUGAAAUAUCAGACCUCAGAGAGACCCAUGCUGAAAACCUUGCAGAGCUGCAACAGAGACUCAAUUUGACAAGCAGGCAACUGCAAGGCAGUGAACUUCAACUUCAGAAGGCAGAUGCAAAGAAUUUUAACUUAAUAAUGGAGGUGGCUGAUCUGAGGGCACAGCUGAAAACGGCUCAGAAACAGGCAUCUAAAGUUGCUGGAAAAAACAGGAAUGACCUGGAACAACAACUAAAAACACAACAAAGAGAGAAUACAAAGCUUGAGCGCACAAACAAAGAAUUAACAGAAGACGUCAAACAGCUGAAAAAGUGCUGCAGUGAUGCCGACACCCAGUGUGACGACUUCCAAAGACAACUGCAACAGAGCCAGGAGGAUGAAGAUCGUCUGCAUCAGCAGCUGAAUGACAAAGACGCCAAGCUCAAACAUGUGGAGCAGGAGUUAGAAGAACGCACUAAAGAGAAUAAUCAGCUGCAGCAGGAACACAGCGAUCUGCAGAAGAAACUGCAACUGAAAAGUGAGGAGUGUUCUGGAUCUAAGGACAAAUAUGAGCAGGUAAAAACUGAAUAUGAGCAGAAGAUUGCUGAAUUGAACAGAACUGGAGACUCCACAGCAGCACUCAUUCUGGAUGUGGUAAAGCUGCAUGAUGAGGUGAAGGUUUUGAGGGAAGAGAUCUCCAACUCAGAAGACAAAGACGUGAUCUCAGAGCUCCAAAGGCAACUGGAGAAGAAGCAAAAAGAUCUGGACUCCAAGACUGCAGACAUAGAGAGACUGACUGCCAAUCCAAGAAUGGUUUUAACAAUCAUUGAGCUGCAAGAUGAGAUCUGGGACCUUCAGAGGAAAGAUGUCAAUGGGACCACAAGUGGUGAUGUAAAAAAGUUGCAUGACAGACUUGCUGGGCUUCUGGGUGAAAUAGAUGAUGAAGAUGGCAGCAACACAAAACUGAUGCUGAGAAUCAUGACCCUGCAGAAUCAGGUGAAAUAUCUGGAGAGACUGUUGUCAAACCUCCAGAUGGCACAAAAUAAAGUAACCCAGCUCACAAACAACCUUGACAUCAACAAGAAACUGCUGGAGAAAUAUGUCAGUGAGCUGAAAGAGAAGAACCAGACAGCUGCCAAACUGAUUUUGAGCAUUGCUGAUCUGCACACCCAACUCAGAAACCUAGAAAGAGAUAAACAAACUGAGGGCCAAACCACUUCUACUACAAUUUCGAACUUGAGGGAACAAGUAAAGAUCAAAGAGGAGGAGCACACUCGUGACCAGGAUGUGAUCAGAGCUCUGCAGAACAAACUGAACCAGACGGAGGAACAGUGUUCUGAUUCUGAGCAGAAAAUUAAGGAUCUGCAGAACAAUCUGGAUGCCAAAAUGAAGGAGCUGCAGUCCAAAUCUGACACAGUUACUUCACUUGCUCUUCAAAUUUCCACAUUAACUCUGGAACUGGAGGAACUAAAGAGAAAACUACAAAACACUGAAUCCAAAUCCAAGGUUGAAGAGCUCCAAAAGAUUAUAGAUGAAAAAACUAAAGAACUGGACCAAAAAACACAAGAGCUGAGGAAACGAAGUUCUCAACCACAAAGACUUUUAGAGAUUAUUUCAACACAAACAGAGAUUGAGAAGCUGGUUAAUGUGGCAGCAAAUGACACAGACUACAAUAAGAUAAGAGCACACCAAGACCAUCUCAAUUAUCUGAUUAGUGGAAUUCAAGAUGAAGACAAUGAAAAUACUAAACUGAUGUUUAAAUUCUUGGCACAGCAAGAUGAAAUAGCCAGACUCAAGAAGCAAGAAGAAAGUCAGAUACGGGCACAAGCAGACAAGAUUAAAGAUCUGGAGGAUGAGCUGGAGGACAUCAGAAAUCAAAUUAAAGAAAAGACACGCAUGCUGAAUUCAAGUGAUACGAGGAUUUCUCAUCAGUCGGCUCAGAUUAUGGAGCUUCACAGGAAAAUCAAACCUCUGGAGGAUGAAAUAUCAGACCUCAGAGAGACCCAUGCUGAAAACCUUGCAGAGCUGCAACAGAGACUCAAUUUGACAAGCAGGCAACUGCAAGGCAGUGAACUUCAACUUCAGAAGGCAGAUGCAAAGAAUUUUAACUUAAUAAUGGAGGUGGCUGAUCUGAGGGCACAGCUGAAAACGGCUCAGAAACAGGCAUCUAAAGUUGCUGGAAAAAACAGGAAUGACCUGGAACAACAACUAAAAACACAACAAAGAGAGAAUACAAAGCUUGAGCGCACAAACAAAGAAUUAACAGAAGACGUCAAACAGCUGAAAAAGUGCUGCAGUGAUGCCGACACCCAGUGUGACGACUUCCAAAGACAACUGCAACAGAGCCAGGAGGAUGAAGAUCGUCUGCAUCAGCAGCUGAAUGACAAAGACGCCAAGCUCAAACAUGUGGAGCAGGAGUUAGAAGAACGCACUAAAGAGAAUAAUCAGCUGCAGCAGGAACACAGCGAUCUGCAGAAGAAACUGCAACUGAAAAGUGAGGAGUGUUCUGGAUCUAAGGACAAAUAUGAGCAGGUAAAAACUGAAUAUGAGCAGAAGAUUGCUGAAUUGAACAGAACUGGAGACUCCACAGCAGCACUCAUUCUGGAUGUGGUAAAGCUGCAUGAUGAGGUGAAGGUUUUGAGGGAAGAGAUCUCCAACUCAGAAGACAAAGACGUGAUCUCAGAGCUCCAAAGGCAACUGGAGAAGAAGCAAAAAGAUCUGGACUCCAAGACUGCAGACAUAGAGAGACUGACUGCCAAUCCAAGAAUGGUUUUAACAAUCAUUGAGCUGCAAGAUGAGAUCUGGGACCUUCAGAGGAAAGAUGUCAAUGGGACCACAAGUGGUGAUGUAAAAAAGUUGCAUGACAGACUUGCUGGGCUUCUGGGUGAAAUAGAUGAUGAAGAUGGCAGCAACACAAAACUGAUGCUGAGAAUCAUGACCCUGCAGAAUCAGGUGAAAUAUCUGGAGAGACUGUUGUCAAACCUCCAGAUGGCACAAAAUAAAGUAACCCAGCUCACAAACAACCUUGACAUCAACAAGAAACUGCUGGAGAAAUAUGUCAGUGAGCUGAAAGAGAAGAACCAGACAGCUGCCAAACUGAUUUUGAGCAUUGCUGAUCUGCACACCCAACUCAGAAACCUAGAAAGAGAUAAACAAACUGAGGGCCAAACCACUUCUACUACAAUUUCGAACUUGAGGGAACAAGUAAAGAUCAAAGAGGAGGAGCACACUCGUGACCAGGAUGUGAUCAGAGCUCUGCAGAACAAACUGAACCAGACGGAGGAACAGUGUUCUGAUUCUGAGCAGAAAAUUAAGGAUCUGCAGAACAAUCUGGAUGCCAAAAUGAAGGAGCUGCAGUCCAAAUCUGACACAGUUACUUCACUUGCUCUUCAAAUUUCCACAUUAACUCUGGAACUGGAGGAACUAAAGAGAAAACUACAAAACACUGAAUCCAAAUCCAAGGUUGAAGAGCUCCAAAAGAUUAUAGAUGAAAAAACUAAAGAACUGGACCAAAAAACACAAGAGCUGAGGAAACGAAGUUCUCAACCACAAAGACUUUUAGAGAUUAUUUCAACACAAACAGAGAUUGAGAAGCUGGUUAAUGUGGCAGCAAAUGACACAGACUACAAUAAGAUAAGAGCACACCAAGACCAUCUCAAUUAUCUGAUUAGUGGAAUUCAAGAUGAAGACAAUGAAAAUACUAAACUGAUGUUUAAAUUCUUGGCACAGCAAGAUGAAAUAGCCAGACUCAAGAAGCAAGAAGAAAGUCAGAUACGGGCACAAGCAGACAAGAUUAAAGAUCUGGAGGAUGAGCUGGAGGACAUCAGAAAUCAAAUUAAAGAAAAGACACGCAUGCUGAAUUCAAGUGAUACGAGGAUUUCUCAUCAGUCGGCUCAGAUUAUGGAGCUUCACAGGAAAAUCAAACCUCUGGAGGAUGAAAUAUCAGACCUCAGAGAGACCCAUGCUGAAAACCUUGCAGAGCUGCAACAGAGACUCAAUUUGACAAGCAGGCAACUGCAAGGCAGUGAACUUCAACUUCAGAAGGCAGAUGCAAAGAAUUUUAACUUAAUAAUGGAGGUGGCUGAUCUGAGGGCACAGCUGAAAACGGCUCAGAAACAGGCAUCUAAAGUUGCUGGAAAAAACAGGAAUGACCUGGAACAACAACUAAAAACACAACAAAGAGAGAAUACAAAGCUUGAGCGCACAAACAAAGAAUUAACAGAAGACGUCAAACAGCUGAAAAAGUGCUGCAGUGAUGCCGACACCCAGUGUGACCACUUCCAAAGACAACUGCAACAGAGCCAGGAGAAUGAAGAUCGUCUGCAUCAGCAGCUGAAUGACAAAGACGCCAAGCUCAAACAUGUGGAGCAGGAGUUAGAAGAACGCACUAAAGAGAAUAAUCAGCUGCAGCAGGAACACAGCGAGCUGGGAUCACAACUGAAACAGGCCAUGGACAAUGCUGAGUACCAGCAGCAGCAGCUGGAUGACAAGGAUGCCAGACUCAGACAGCUGGAGCAGGAGUUAGACAAACAGACCAAGGAGAGUGCCAGACUUCUGGAAGACUACAACAACCUGCAAAAUGAGAGGAACAAACUUGAGGACAAUAUACAAGAUCUUCAAAGGAAACUGACUGAUGUGGAAGAUCGAACAAUCUAUGCCAAAAAGAUGACUUUUGAUCCAGACACAGCGCACCCAAGGAUAGUUUUGUCUACAGAUAACACUGAGAUGUCCACCAUUGAUUACGUCCAAAAUGUCCCCGACCAUCCGGGCCGCUUUGAUGUGAUUCUCGCUGCCCUGGGUGCGACUGGUUACUCAUCUGGUCGUCAUUACUGGGAGGUUUCUGUAGCUGGGAAGACUUGUUUCCACAUUGGGAUGGCCAGUGAAUCUGCUCCAAGGAAGGGAUCAUUAAGAUUCAAUCCAACAAAUGGUUUCUGGACUAUAGUGCUGAACAAACAGGGUCAGUACAGAGCUCUUGACAGAAAACCUGUUACUAUUGUUACUCAGACACAACCUAUCACACUGGGCGUCCUGCUGGACUAUAAAAAGGGACAGAUCUCUUUCUAUGACGCUGGGGCCAGAUCUCAUUUGUACUCUUUUGUAGGCCAAAGUUUUACAGACAAAAUAUAUCCAUUUAGCAAUUUUUGCGUUGAGACUGGUGAAAAUUCAAAUCCAAUCGUUUUAGUUUCUCCUGGAUCGGUUGACUGGAUAAAAUAAGGAACACUGAAAGUUCUAUUUGGUCCUAUAUGUUGAAUUUAAGUGUUUCAGUUAUGAACAUCUGCAGAAUAGCUUCCAUGCAUAUUUCUGUAAAUCUGCUGUUGCUGACAAUAAAACAAAAAUAUACGACAA